GUUUACUGUGGAGGCUCGUGUUUACUGUGGUCUCCGCUGAUGAAGGGGCUUUAAACCCGCUCCUUUACCACAACCAGCAGCUGCUGCCCGCCGGAGAGUCGCAGGGGAGCUGAUAGGACCAGAACCCGCUCCAGCAGGGCGGUCGGUGGAGGUGAAGGAGCAGCCAGGUCCUCAGAUCUCCAGGGAGUGUACAGGGACGUAAAGGAGUGUUGCGUGACCCGGAUACUUCACCUUCCAACCUCGGCAUCGUCUCCCCGCCCGGUUCCUCUACUCCGGCAGCCGCCGACCCGAGGCUUCGGGGCGGCGUCUGAGACCGCGGACCAUGGCCUGGAUGUUAUUGAGACCCUGUCUGUUGCCAAGUAGAAAACUUUUGAUUGUUUGAGCCCCAAAGCAAACCCUCGCUAAAGACGGCGCGAUUCCCGCCCCCAUGUGAGUCCCUGUCACUCCGUGCAUUCAGCCUCUGUCUGAUGCAGCAACCGCGCUGUCGAAAAGCACAACGUAUGAAGAGGAGGAAGGGCUUCAUGUCGUCAGUCAAAGGAGUGUCUCAUCUGUCCAGGCGAGCCAAGAGACGCUUGUAUUGUAAGUUGCAGUUUUGGAUGUGGAGGAAGCGGCGGGAGAAGUCUCGAUUUGGGAUUUUAAGAAGUAGAAGGUGCACACACAACUCACUGGUGAGAACGUCAAGCUUGGUGUCGCCUCUUGGAUGUGACGCAGGAGGCUCAGAAGACGCCGUCAGAUUGCACAACGGCCUGCCGACGCAGAGCGAAGCGGCCCGUCUUUCCGGAGCGCUGGCUGGCGCCAGGUGCUCGCAAGUUACUGAUGCAAACGUUUACGGCGGCGCUGCCAGUCAGACGCUACCAGAGACAACCAUGUUGUGUCAGAAUGGAGAAACUUGGUUACGGCCUGACCAACCUACUGGAAAACUUGACCACACUGCCCCGCCCCCUCAGUGCACGGACAGUAAAGCAUGUGACGGGAACAAAUGGUGCACCGCACCAAGAACACAAAGGCUGGAGGUGGAAUAUCUGUCACAACACCACAGUCGGAACCAGAAUCCCUACAGAGCGACGGACGAGACGCUCGGCGGGAAAAAGGCGCCUUCUGCUCAGCAGGAAGUCGACGUCGGUGCUUUGACGAGAGACAUCCAAGACUUUCUCGGUGGCUUCUACAGAAGAUAUGGGAGUUUCAUCCCACUUCGCAACAGCGACGUGCUGAAACAUCUGAGGAGGAAGUUUAACCGCGACUUCAGUGGCGGGAAAACCGUAAUCUUCUCAGAGGUUUCAAGAUGGCAAAAUGCCAUCAUUCAGAGAAGCGUCCCCUGCUUCCGGGUGGUUUACAAGAAACACGUACUGACCCUGGAGGACUUGCUGACGCUGGCAGAUCAGAACUGGCUCAAUGACCAGGUCAUGAACAUGUACGGAGAGUUGAUCAUGGAGUCGUCUCAUCAUGAGGUUCAUUUUCUCAACAGUUUCUUCCACCGGCAGCUCAUGACCAAAGGCUACGAUGGGGUGAAGCGAUGGACGAAGCAGGUGGAUUUGUUCUCCAAGAGUCUCCUGCUGGUCCCCGUCCACCUGGAGGUUCAUUGGUGUCUCGUGACGGCCAACAUCGCCACGAAGAAGAUUUGCCUUUAUGAUUCUCAAGGGAAUGCUCUGCAGAAGGUUGCAAGGAACAUCCUGAAAUACCUAAUGACGGAAGCGAAAGAGAAGCAGCAAACUGCCUUUCAGGACGGUUGGAGUGUGUCGUUCGAUGAGGAGGUCCCGCAGCAGAGCAACGAGAACGACUGCGGGGUCUUCGUCUUGGAGUACUCCAGAUGCCUCGCUCUGUCCAGACCCUUCCAGUUUUCACAAACGGACAUCCCAAAGAUACGAAAGAGGAUCUAUAAGGAGCUCUGCGACCGCAAGCUCCACGAGCCGGACUGACGGGACGCUCGCUGCCGCCGGUGACGGCGGACGCUGCGUCUGAUGGACCCGUCUCCUCCUGUCGGGCAGCUCUGCAGCUGCCUUACUGAACUGCACACACAUAAGUGCAAUGGAUACGUGCAAAUCCAGCACGGGAGUGUCAGUCUGGCGUCAAGUGCACUGAUUAAACUAAUAACUUAUUGUUUUGUCAUUGUUGUAUUUAUAAAAUCAUCCCACCACCUGAGGGGCGUCAGCACAGCCUCAUCCAGGCGGCGGGGGUUCAGGUGUUGCUCGUUUCCUCUUCUAGUCGCACACUUUAAUCGCACAUUCUACACAAAUGCUGGUUUCUGAUUAUUUAACAGGAAGUUAAAGGUUUAUAUUUCACCAGAG